AGGUCGUAGGCAUAUUUUUGCGUCUAACCGGUUUAGCUAAGAAUUGUAUUGAUUCUAUCGUUGCUGUAAGUCCAUCACAGGAAUGCCUGCAGUGUGGUAUCGAUACUUUGGCAAGCAGUGGCCUUGGCUCCCCAACAAUGGUAAUUUUCCAUUUACUCCUUUAAAUUUUUAUGAAAUUACAUGUUAACAAUAUGAUAAAAUUAUACUUUGGCCCCCAAUAAUUUAUGAUUCAUCUUUGAUUCUCUAAAAGCAAUUUUCUGAUUUCGUUCCUGGGUUCAACUUUGUUCAGUUCUCAAUCAGAAGUUGUGGAAACACAAGCAGCCAGCCAGCUACCACAUUAAAAACUUUAUUUACAUUUAUAAUUGAAAGCAAAUGUCAAUGGUAUCCCAGCAAAGACUGUCUAGUUGCUGAUAUUAUGAUACUAAUAUGUGUUGGUUUUCACCUACUUUAUCCAAUGCAUUCAUUUGUGCUUUGGAUGCAUCCACCAUGAAGAAAUUGCAUCAUUUCGGGGUUGGAUACUAACGUAUUAAAUAAAGUUCGGGGCCCCGAAGGCGAGGAGUGUUCAGGUUGGGAUUGGGAUUUAAACUUCCUCAGUAGAACUAGAGAUUUUGGCACAGAGGACAAGCCAAGAUCAAUAAAACCUCCAAAAACUGAUAAUGAAAUCAAAGAUCAAAACAACCACAAUAAGACAUCAAAUGGCUUGAUCAAACUUGCUUUCAAUCUUAAUCCCACAAUUAAGAAAACAUUAUGAUAAAUUAAUUUCCUUCAGUGACGGUAACUUGUUCAUUGGAAUCCAGCACAGAAAAUCAUAAGAAAACAAAGUUGUGAUGCAAGCAACAGCACAGACCUGGUGUCUUUUGCUGAUUUUUCUAUUUUCGUAUGCCAGUUUUUGAACUUAAGACCAUGUAGAUUCUAACAAUGCCAUGAAAAUUUUGGUGUACUGUUUGGCCUAUGUGCCGUCUCAAAAUGAAGACCAAGUCCAUAAUAACAUGCAAAAGGAUUUUCAGGCAACAACCACACACACACACACACACACACACACACACACAUAUAUAAUAUGUGUGUCCCUAUAUAUAUUAUGCUGGUGUUUGAAAAUAAGUUUUGCUGGCAACAGAUUGGUCUUUAGGGCAACAACUGGUCUAUUUUGCUUGCCUUGUUUUAUCCUAUGUUCAUCUCUGCCUGUAGCCCUUUAGUCAAGGAAUAUGUUCAUAUAGCAUAAGAAAACUUUACAUGCAUGGCCAUGAGAUUUUUGCUAGAGGAUUCUCAAACGCAUGACCAUUCUCAUAAUCAUAAGCAACAAAUAUGGCUGAUUCUUAUCAUUGUCAUCUUAAUUGCCUUGCUGGGAUUUUCCGUGUUCUUCUUCUUUUGCAGAAGAAAGCUUAACCGAAAACGGAGCCAUAACGGAGGUCUAAAAGCUGAGAAAUUGAAGCUGAGGUAUUUCAAAUUGGAGGAGCUAGAGAAGGCUACAGAAAACUUUAGUGCAGACUGUUUGUUGGGGUCUGGUGCAUUUGGCAAUGUUUAUAAAGGUUCCUUUGAAGGUGAAGGUACCUUUGCAAUCAAGCGAGCUCAUGUUGAAUCAUACCAAACCACUGAAGAAUUUAGAAAUGAAGUUAGGCUUCUUUCAACAGUAAACCAUCCAAAUCUUGUAGGUUUGGUAGGGUUUUCCGAAGAAUCUGGACCAAAAGGAGCAAAAAUAUUGGUGUAUAAAUAUGUACCACAUGGUUCUUUGCUUGAGUAUAUCAUAGGAAGAGGUGGAAGAAAUUUGACAUGGAGGCAAAGAGUAAACAUAGCCAUUGGAGCCGCUAAAGGAAUAGCUCAUUUGCAUGAUGGGAUUAAGCCUGGCAUAAUUCACAGAGAUAUUAAACCUAGCAAUAUUUUAAUUGGAGAAAGGUUUGAAGCCAAGGUCUCAGAUUUUGGACUUGUGAAAAUGGGACCUAUUGGGGAUCAAUCACAUGUUAGUAGCCAAGUUAAAGGAACACCAGGGUACCUUGAUCCUGCAUAUUGUACAAGUUUUCAUUUAAGUCCUUUUAGUGAUGUUUAUAGCUUCGGUGUUAUACUUCUGCAACUCAUUUCUGGCCAGCCGGCCGUGGAUACGACUAGGAAUCACAUCAUUGAUUGGGCAAGGCCAAGUAUCGAGAGGGGCAACAUCGAAGAAAUCCUCGAUACAACUCUUUUAUCCAAACCAUGCAAUAUGGAAAUGAUGCUGAAAAUGGGUGAACUCGGUCUAAGAUGCGUGGCGAAAACGCCUAAAGACCGUCCUACGAUGACUCAGGUUUGGCAAGAAUUGGAGAACACAUUCAACGAACAUCCUUCAUUAAGUUCUAAAACAAGAACAACAACCAAGUUUCCUCAAUCGACCGAACAAGGCAUUUCGUUCGAACAAGAUUGUUCCCAAAGCUUUGUGAGCAUAGAUGGUGUCGGAUUUCAAAAGUUCCAUAUCGAAUUAGAUAGCAUUUCAUCACAAAGUAACAGCUCAAGAUGUUUUGAGAUCAACAGUGCAAGUAUUGGUAUCGAUAAGGAGAAUCUAAAAUUUCAAUCAAAAAAGUAAAUUGUAUGUUUUCAAGCUAUAGGAACCAGCAUUAUGUUGAUCUAUUUGUUACAAAACAUAGGGUUCCUUAUGUGUAGGUGUCUGAAACAGGUAAAUGUAAGGUAAACCAGAUGCUGUAUAUUAGGAUGUAAGGAACAAUAACCAGUCAAUAAAUAAAAUCAAACAGUCACAAUUUGUAGAAA